GAAUUACACUUCUUGCCUAAUAGUCUUUUCCUUCGGAUGAGAACUUUCCCCUCCCGGUCAUCGCGCUUUAGGCUGUAUCUCUCUUGAAAUGUUAUAUCAAUAACAGGAGCCCCGUCAUCGUUUCCGGAGUCUUUACCAUUCUUUCCCGAAAAAAAAUCCUCUGCAGCAGAAUCGGGCAAAGGGUUGAAUCCGCGACAACUAUUACAAAAGGUAUCUCAGCAAAAUUAGCAACUUUUUUUCGCUAUAAUGCACGGUGACCGGGGACACUGAGGCGAUAGAUAAGGAUGACAGCCAACAAGAACGCCAGCACCAAUCAUGCAGCUGGAGCAUCUAAAGCAGUUUGUGACACAAGCACCAGGCGUCAUUCACUCUCUCCAACUACUCUUUUAUUGCCGGUAAAAAGUCCAUCGUACCCUUUAAGUGAUGGUGAAGACUCCUGCAGAUAUAUUAGAUAUGCUCAUGUCUCAACUCCUAGACAGAGUCUAAGGGAUUGUGGUUCAGGAGGAGCAACACCGAGAAGCAGUUUUCUACAUUCAUGUAGCAUUGAUUCACAAAGUUCUUUGCUGAAAGCUGUGAGCAUUGCAUGCUUGGACCAAAACCCGCCGGGCAGCGCAAUUGAGGGAGUCAGAAACCAGAAAUUAUCACACACAGGAUGCCAUGAGGAGCCAGGUGAUGGGAUAGGCACCUCCCAACUUAACCGGAGCACGCUGUCUUUGGGAACGGCAGCUACUCUCCGGAGCCUUUCCUUCAGCAGAGCCAGCACACGCUCGCAGACUGUUGACAUUCGGCAGAAGAUUUCAGAAUGGGAAUGCAGAAAGGAAAUAUCUCCCAGGAGGAAUCUGAUGCUGGAGAAGAGAAAAGGUGGAGAUAGGGCUUGCAGUGAAGGAUGCCCCAGCCUGCUGCCUUCACCCUGCAGUGAAAAGACCUUUGAUCUGAUAGGAUUUAAAAGAAUGAGUAGGUCAUUUUCAGAGUGCUCAUACCCUGAGACUGAAGAUGAAGCAUCCGAUAAAGAGUUGUUUGCCAGACAUGAAAGAUUGUUUGGAAAGAACCAGUCUUCCAAUGCUUGCAGCAAAGGGCACGUGAGGAGACAGGCCUCUGCAGUACUCAGCAGGAUUCAGAAGAUUGAGCAGGUUCUCAAGGAGAGCCCCAAUACCAACCUUCCUCAGUUGCCCAGCAGCUGCUAUGGGAGGGAGAGACUGCGGAAAAAAUCUUUCACCCCGAGUGUGUCGGAGGACAUCAAGGAGGCUGGGAGAGUAAUGAAGAGGGGGAGUUUUAGCUCUGUGGUAACAGAACCAGAGCCUGAUCCUGCAACUGAGAAAGCUACACUACAGCAGGAAAUUAGUCAACAUUCUGACAGCUUCUCAUACAAGACCGAAGUACUGCCCGAAAGUCCACCGACCAUUGUGGUGAAUCCUGUGCCGAAACCAAAACGCACUUUUGAGUAUGAAGCUGAUAAAACCCAUAGUACUCCUAGCAACAGUCUACCUCUGUCCUCUUCUCCCAUUUCACCACCCCCUCUUCCAUCAACUCCUGCACCCCCUGUUACACGGAGGCAGAAAAAAGAUUCAAACCUCCAUAGAAAGAUCCACAACAGGAAAUCCUUUGAAUUUGAAGAUGCUGUCAGUCUUCAUUCAUCGCAUUCUCCUUCUCCUACUGAAAAUGGUACAUCCACCUUGCCUCUGGAAGUACACAGCAGAUUUAGUUCAAAAAGCACUUUAGCAGAAGAGAAUGCUUAUGAAGACAUCAUAGAUACCCCUAAAGAAAAUCCUUAUGAAGAUGUGGAUCUGAAAGGUCGAUACCCUGGCAGAAAGUUACGGCUGUCAUCUGAGAAUUCCCUAGACUCUUUGCACAGGAUGUGGUCCCCUCAGGAAAGGAAGUACACUACACCUCCCCAGCUGCCUCCGAAACCCAGCAGUCUGACACUGCGUCUGAGUAGUACCAUAGACAGGAGGACCCUUAGACUACCACGACUGUCCAAAAGACACAGCCAUGAUGAUGUGUUGCUUCUGUCCCACCUUAGUGUGCCCUCUUCCCCCACCAGCCUCAACGACGACAGCAUGAGCACCACCAGUGAGCUGCUGUCUACACGACGAUCCAGGAGGAUUCCUAAACUUGUCCAGAAAAUUAACGGCAUCUAUAGUGCAAAGAGAGGGAAGAAAAGGCUGAAGAAAUUGUCUCUGUCAAACUUUGAGAAUGCAUCUCUAAGAGAUGAGAACAGUGAGAGUGAGAGUGACUCAGAUGACAGGUUUAAAGCACACACUCAACGCUUGGUCCACAUUCAGUCGGUGCUGAAGAAAGCUCCCAGUUACCGCACAUUAGAACGAGAACUCAUCGAAUGGCAAGAGCGGGAACUCUUUGAAUAUUUUGUGGUCAUUUCAUUAAAGAAAAAGCCUUCAAAGAAUACAUAUAUUCCUGAAGUAUCUUAUCAGUUUCCAAAGCUAGAGAGGCCAACAAAACAGGUACGUGAGGCAGAGGAACGACUGAAAGCAAUCCCACAGUUCUGCUUUCCAGAUGCCAAAGACUGGAGUCCAGUGUCAGAUUUUACCAGCGAAACGUUCUCAUUCAUGCUCACUGGGGAAGAUGGCAGUCGACGAUUUGGUUAUUGCAGACGGUUAUUGCCAGGUGGAAAAGUUCCUCGCUUGCCAGAAGUUUAUUGUGUCAUCAUCAGUCGCUUGGGCUGUUUCACACUCUUUUCAAAGAUUCUGGAUGAAGUGGAGAGGAGGCGUGGAAUUUCUGCUGCUCUGGUCUAUCCAUUCAUGAGGAGUUUGAUGGAGUCGCCUUUUCCUGCUCCUGGAAGGACCAUAAAAGUCAAGACAUUUCUACCAGGAGCUGGAAACGAGGUGAUUGAGCUUCGACGCCCCAUGGACUCCCGGUUGGAACACGUGGAUUUUGACUGCCUUUUCCGUUGCCUCAGCAUACGUCAAGUUAUCAGGGUGUUUGCUUCUCUGCUGCUUGAACGGCGAGUUAUAUUCAUCGCAGAUAAACUGAGUACUUUGUCCAACUGUGCCCAUGCAGUGGUAGCAUUGUUAUACCCAUUCUCCUGGCAACAUACCUUCAUACCAGUGCUUCCACCCUCCAUGAUCGACAUAGUCUGCUGUCCAACACCCUUCCUGGUGGGCCUGCUCUCCAGUUCUCUCCCCAAACUAAAGGAACUUCCAGUGGAAGAGGCACUGAUGGUGGAUUUAGGAGCCGAUCGCUUCCUUCGACAGAUGGAUGAUGAAGACUCACUCCUACCACGGAAACUUCAGGCUGCUCUGGAGCAAGCUCUGGAGCAAAAGAAUGAACUAGUCAAUCAAGAUUCAGACAGUGAAUCAGAUGAUGAGUGCAACUCAUUGAACAGUCUGGUGUCGGAAGCAUUCAUUCGGUACUUUGUGGAAACUAUAGGCCAUUAUUCAUUGUUUUUGACCCAAAAUGAGAGGAAUGAACGGAUAUUCCAGAGAGAAGCUUUCCGCAAGUCAGUGGCUUCCAAGAGCAUCCGCCGUUUUCUUGAGGUCUUCAUGGAGUCACAAAUGUUUGCUGGAUUCAUACAAGACCGAGAACUGCGAAAGUGCAGAGCUAAAGGUCUAUUUGAGCAGAGAGUUGAGCAAUAUUUGGAGGAGCUGCCUGACACAGAACAGAGUGGAGUGAACAAAUUUCUGAAAGGCCUUGGAAAUAAAAUGAAAUUCCUUCACAAGAAGAGUUAGUUGCAUUUGUACUACGUUCAUGUUACAAGGACCACUGACCAUUGCACAACAGACUCAUUCGCUGACUCGUUUAUUUUUGGGGGAAAAAUCAAUUCUGUCUUUACCAUCUUCGCGAAAUUUCAAAGACUGAACUAUGACAAGAUCAGAGGAUGAUCCGAAGUGGAACAAGUACAUUUAGCCAUGCUCAUCUUUCAUAGGGAUUUGAUUAUAUAUUGUAAAUAUAUUUACUGUAUUUUUAUUAGUAUUUUAUUGUCUGGGUUCAGCAGUCAUUAUACUGAAUAUCUGUAACUAGUUGACUGCGACAGAUUGUUGUGAUGCCAGAGUGACUUAUGACUUGAAGGAUGAAUGGUCUAACUGAGCAUGUGCAAAAGAUGCAGCGCAUGCUGGGGAUGGGGUGGGAAACUUUCUUCAUAUGAUUUACAAUUUGAUUAUUUUUCUGGUGUGAUUAUGGAGAGAAUGUACGAUUCUAUCAACUUGGAAAUAUUUUGUCGCUGAACGCCAUGAAAAACAAUGAACUAUCGUCUUUUCUCUUGCUGUAGUUGUGGAGUUGAGAUUGUAUCCAUUUUGGCUCUCUUUUCUGCAUUUUGGAAACAAAAUGUGAUAAAGUUACACUGAAAAUACUUGGUACAUGUUUUAAUCUUGCUUGAAAAUUCAUGCUGCCAUAGAAAGAGGCAGGUGAAUGAAUCACCAACUGUUUUCCAUUAUGUUAAGCACUGCUGUAGCUGAGUGUAAUGAGAAAGAUGCAGAGGCCUUUACUAUUCUGCCAUUCUCAUCAAGCAUGACUGGGUAAGCCUUGCAGUAUUUCUACGUAUCGGUUUUCAAAAAAAAGAAAAUUAUUAGUUUUCUUAGCAAUUGUUUGUCAGUUAGAAAUAUGACCUAAAUUGCGGAAUCUUUUUGAAGGUAUUGUAUAUGUGGUGUUGGGAUCAAGACAUGUCAGAUAAGCUCACCCUCUCAGCAUUCCCAAAUGAGGUAAUAGUCUUCCUUUAUAAGCUGUGGACAUUAAUGAGAAUACCAGCAUUUCUUGCUCAAAUCUAAUCUUUGACCAAAUUGGGUUGCUUUGGAGUGUCAUAGAGUCAUACAAAACAGAAACAAGUCUGUUGGUCCAAUUCCUUCAUGACAACUUAGAUGCUCCUUCUAAGCUACUUCCAUUUGCCUGUGUUUGGUCUGUUUCAAAUAAAACCUUUCCUAUCCCUGAACCAGUCCAAGUGCCUUUUAAAUAUUGUUACUGUACCUGCCACCACUACCCCGUGUGGUAGCUCAUUCCAGAUAACCACCUCCUUCCAAGUGAAAAAGUUGCUCCUUGGGUUCCUAUUCUUACCCUUCUCACCUUAAACAUUUGUAUUGUGGUUGUUGAUUCCACGACCUUGGGUACAAAAACUCUGUGCAUUCACCGUAUCAAUUCCCCUGAUGCACCUCUAUAAGAUCACCCCUUUGUCGCAUACACUCGAAGGAAUAAAGUCUUAGCUUGCCCAAUCUCUCCUUACAGCACUAGCCCUCAAGUCCUGGCAAUAUCAUUUGGAUGCAAGCUGUCAAACGCCUUAGGAUGCAGCUCUUCGACAAUAAUAUGGACUCUCCUCAAGACAUCUUCAUUAACUAUCCCCACAUUUUAUGCUUUCUUCACAGUAAACACAAAGGAGAAAUACUCAUCUCGUGUAGUACCUUACAUAGAUGACCGCAUUAGUUUCUGAGGGGCUUUAUUCUCUCUCUAAUUACUCUUUAUCCCAUAAUGUACUUGUGAAAUACAGAGUCAAAGAGUCGUACAGCAUGGGAACAGUUCAGUUUUAGUUCAGAGCUUAGAGAUGCAGCAUGGAAGUAGGCCCUUCAGCCCACGCUGACCAUCGCACACCUAUUCACACUAGUUAUAUGCUAUCCCCUAUUCACAGCCACUCCUUAUUUAUUAGGAGCAAUUUUACAGAGGCCAAAUAACAUACAAAUCUACAUCUAUUUGUAAUGUUGGAGGAAACCCACACGAUCACAAUGAGAAAGUGCAAACUCCACACACACAGCACUCAAGAUCAGAAUCGGACUCGGGUCUCUGGCACUGUAAGGCAGCAGCUCUACCAACUGUGUCACUGUGACCAUCUUAGUUCGCAGUUAUCCCACUGAACCUCUUCUUGCUAGUCAUUUCCUAGCUCAAUACCUCCCAAUGUAUGCAAGGCUAUGAAAUACUAUCCAUUAAACCCAUGAAGCAAAUUUCAUCUACAAGAGAUGUGACACCUUGCAGGUUAAAGAAACUCAUUGGAUUGGCACCGUGAUAAAUACUCACUUCUCCCCAUCAUUGGCUCAUUAUGCGUGCCAUAGGUGCCAUCUACAAAAUAGUCAGUCAUACAGCAUGGAAACAGGCCUUUUGUUCCAACUAGCCCAUACAGAUCAACGUCCCAUCGACAUUAGUCCCACCUGCCUGCGUUUGGCCAAUAUCCUUCUAAACCUGUCCUAUCUAAUUGUUUCUGAAAUGUUGCAACAGUCCCUGCCUCAACUACCACCUCUGGCAGUUCGUUCCAUACUCCCACCACUCUUUGUGUGAAAAGGUUGCCCCUCAAAUUCGUAUUAAAAUCUUUCCCCCUUCACCUUAAACCUAUGUCCUAUGGUUGUCGAUUCCCCUACUCUGGGCAAGUCACUCUACCCAAUAUCCUCUCAUGAUUUUAUACACCUCUCUAAGAUGCACUGCAGCGACUUGAAUUCUUAUCUCAAGCAUGUAGGCACUACCAUUUAGCAGGACAAAGGGAAAGAGUACAAGGAGAAACCAUCUCAACUUGCACACAAUCCUGACUUGGAAAUAUUUCACAGUUCCUCAAUUUCACUGGUUCUAAACUCUGGAACCCACUAUCCCAAUAACAUUAUGGAAUUAACUUCACCACAACAGGCCUCAAAGGUUCAGGAAUGUAGCUCACCCAAAACUUAUCAAAAGAAUUUAGGGAUUGACAUAAAUGUUGGUCUGGCCAAUGAUGUCUACAUCCUAUAAAAUAAAUGUAUUGAUAGCUGGAGAAACUCAGUGGUCAGGCAGCAUCUGUGAUGGGAAAUGGACUGACGAUGUUUUGGAGAAAGGGGUGGGGAGCAAGGCAGAGCAUGUUUAUUGGAGAGAUACAGGUGAGGGGUUGAUUGGCAGAUGUCAGGUCGGGGAGAGAAUUGAAGCCAAGAUUGGAGAUGAUAAAUGGAGACGCCAAAAUGGUGCAGAAUGUGAGGAAAGAAUAUGGAGAAUUAACUAUAGGACCAGUUGAAGGAAUAAUGGGUUGUAAGGAAUGAUGAGGGUUAAGUAAAAUGGGAGACUCGCAGUAGAGUGGAGUGAGAGAUGAGUGGUGGAGGAGGGGCAUGUAACUGGUUAACAGGGGCAGGGAGCGUGAAAGGAAAGUGGGUGUUGGGACUGGAUAGAUGAGAAGGGGGUGGGUUAUGUGAAAUUGGAGAAUUCAACGUUCAGCCCCACUGGUUUAUAGCUUACCCAAGCAGAAUAUGAGGUGCUGUUCCAGUUUGUAUCCUAUCUCUAACAUUUAUUACGAAAGAUGCCAGUAUGUGCACUCUCUUGUGAGCCCAAUGUAUUGAUAGCUCUACAACUUCAGAGUCAGAAUGUUGUAGGUUGUAUUCCCACUCGAGAAACUGAAGCAGAAAAAUCUAAGCCCUUGUUUAAUGCACUAUUGAGAGUCUCUUUGAGAUGACACAAUAAACUUAGGCCAUUAUUUUCUCUCUAAGGAAGAACCUCAAGUUCCCAUAAUACAAUCUCCACGAGGAUGGGCAUUAGCUCCAAUGUUCUGACAAAUAAUCAUUCAGACCAACAAUAUAGGAUACAAGGUCAUGCCACAUUGCCAGGAGAACAUCAUCUGCCAGCCUACAAUAAUGAUUGCACUUCAGAAGUACUUUAUUAGUUGAAAUGAACUAACCAAGUCUGUAAAGGUCAUAUAUAAAAUGUAAGUGCUUCCUUUAUAAACUUUUAUACAA